AUGAGGGCUGGCGGCCUUGCCCUGACUUCGAGGCCCAGCGUAGGCGGGCCGCGGUCGCCCCAUGGUCGGAGCGGCUCGCUCACUGGCUCCGGAGCGCGCCGGUGUGUGUGUGCGCGCGCGGUGGACGCGCACGGCGCGCAAGACCUCCUCGCGACGUCCUCCGCGGUGGUCGACUUCCUCGCUGCGCAGCUCCAUGGCCUCCCGCCCCUCGCCGACGUCGCCGCCCAGGCCGCGGACUCCCCCGCGACCAAGACGGACUGGCUGACGCCCCUGGGCGACGGGUUCGAGACGGUGCUGACUACGAUCGAGGCGCAGCUGGCGGCGCGCGGCGUGCCGUACGCGUACGGGUGGUCGAUCAUCGCGCUGACGCUCGUGGUGAAGGUUCUGACGACCCCGCUGACGAAGCAGCAGGUGGAGUCGAGCCUGGCGAUGCAGGAGCUGAAGCCGCGCGUGGACGCGAUCCGCGAGCGGUACGGCGAGGACAAGGACCGCGUGAGCCGCGAGACGAGCAUCUUGUACGAGGAGGCCGGGGUGAACCCGCUCGCCGGGUGCCUCCCCACGCUGGCCACCAUCCCCAUCUUCUGGGGGCUCUUCCGCUCGCUCAGCAACAUCUCCGCGAAGGGGGAGUUCGCCGGGGCCGGGUUCUACUGGAUCCCGAACCUCACGGGCCCGACCAGCGUGGCGGAGCGCGCGUCCGGGGCGGGCACGGCCUGGCUGUUUCCGUUCGUCGACGGACAGCCCCCCAUCGGCUGGGAGGACGCGGCCAAGUACCUGGUCCUGCCCGUGGGGCUCGUCAUCAUGCAGUACAUCUCGACCUCGAUCCUGAGCCCGCCCGUCGACGAGGAGGACGAGAACCAGAAGGCGACGGCCAUCCUGGUCAAGCUGCUGCCACUCAUGCUGGGCUGGUUCGCGCUCAACGUGCCGUCAGGCAUCUCGCUCUACUACUUCUCCAACACGGUGCUGACCACUGCGCAGCAGAUCUACCUGCGCAAGCUCGGCGGCGCGGCCACCACGGUGGACGCAAGCAAGCUGGACGCCGUUGGGACUGCUGUCAGGAGUGGUCAGGCUGCCGAGCAGUCCUACGAGGACGCGCAGACGCCUGACGUCAGCAUGGACCUGACGGAGGCGAACGACGCGAUGCAGGGGGGCGAGGGAUCGGAGGCCAUGACGGCCGCAGCGGCCGUGUCGGGGCCAAUGCCGAAUCUGCGUUGCAAGCGCAAGCGUGCGGGCGCGGGCGUCUUCGACGGGCUCGGCAUGGAAGCCUAG